AUGAUCGCCACCAUCUUCUCCAUGAGGACGGGUCCCUCCCUCGCGCUCCUCUUCGGCCUGCUGCUAUGCGCUCUGCAUGCUGUUGCUGAGGAGGUCGCUUUUUACAAGUCGCGACCUGACAUCUAUCCCCCCGUUUUCCAUAUCGAGCGAUCCGUACCAGAAAAGAUUUCGCCGGGCUAUAUCUUUAUCACACCCUACGAGGCCCAGAAUCCGGGUCCUUAUAUUUUCGAUAAUACAGGGGAAUUGGUAUGGAGUGGAUGGGGUGCUUCAGGACCGGGCAAUGCCCACGGCAUGCAUGUGUGCAAGUAUAAGGGGGCCGACCAUUUGUGCUUCUUCCAGGGGAAUCAACAGAAGGGGUACUGUCGCGGACAUGGAGUCAUCUUGGACAAUUCCUAUCGCAUUGUACGGUCGGUGCAGCCCGGUGGAGGCAUGGCGUCGAGUGAUAUGCACGAGUUCCUUCCGAUCAAUGACGGCAAGUCUGCGCUCAUGACCGUUUACCAGCAGCGUCAAUUCGAUAUGACCCCGUGGAACGUCAAGACGGGUGUUGGGUGGUUGAUGGAGAGUGUCUUCCAAGAAAUUGAUGUUGAGACCAGUAAAGUGUUAUUUGAGUGGCGCUCCUUGGACCACGUCGACCCUUCUAUGAGUUAUACCUGGCCGUCACAUACCGAUACCUCCGGCACCGGCUUGAACGUGCACGAACCUUGGGAUUACUUCCAUAUCAACUCGGUUGAUAAGAACAACGACGGCGAUUAUUUGAUCUCCUCUCGGCACACGUGCGCCAUCUACAAAAUUUCCGGCAAGGAUGGCUCCGUCAUUUGGCGACUACACGGAGCGAAGCCGACUUUCCGCAAUAUCAACUUUAGUUUCUCGCAGCAACACGAUGCGCGGUGGUUAUACGAGAACGGCACCCACUCGGUCAUCUCUCUCUAUAAUAAUGGGUUCAAUGGGUUUAAUCGGACACACGCCUACUCGUCCGGCAUGAUUAUCAUUAUCGACCACAUCGAAAACACGGCCACGCAGAUCCGCGACUAUGCUCCUGCGAUUUCUGAUCUGGCCAGCUCUAGUCAGGGUAACCUUCAGGUUUUGCCAAACAAGAACGUCUUUAUUGGAUGGGGUAAUAACCCAUUCGUGUCGGAGCAUGACGCAGCAGGCAACUUGGUACUUUGGGCGAGCUUUGCCCACGACACCGUGAUGAACUACCGCGCGCAAAAGUUCGAGUGGGAGGGUAACCCCACCGACUCGCCUGCUCUGUGGUCAUAUUCUCGUACCCCGGAGCCGUUCUCUCCCACGAGUUUGUACGUCAGUUGGAAUGGCGCCACGCGCGUCAAGACGUGGCGCUUCUUCGGCUCCCACAACAUGACCGGUCCUUACAUUCUGCUGGACGAGGUUCCAAAGACUGGCUUUGAGACAGAAUACACUAAUGCCAGCUUCUAUCCUUGGACGCGGGCGGAAGCCGUUUCUGAGGAUGGAGUCGUGCUUGGCAUAUCGGAGAUCAAGUAUACCUUCGUCCCGUCACCUGAGCUCCGCGAGUUCUGUCUAGACGAGACCUGUCUGGAUGCUCCGGGCUAUGGGUUCCCCGGCGAAGAGGCGGCUCAACCGUUCAUCCCCCCGGCGGGCGUGAACACCGUGCCGUGGGUUGAUCCUGAACACGACGGAGCUAUCUGGACGUAUCCUUCUGGCUUCCCUCAUAGCGACGCAGACUCAGACACUGGCCACACGACCUACCAAAGCUAUCGGCAGUCUAGACGUCUACUCGUUUGGGGCGCUACAAUUGCAAUCCUCAUCCCUCUUAUCGCCGGUGUUUACUUCGGCUACCGAUAUCACCUUCGACGGCAACGGCUGGAUCCGUUAGAGGACGACCAAGAGUCAUCCGAGCCGCUGAACGGUAUGGCCGAGCGGAAAGCUCCACCAACGCGGACGCCCGAUCUCCCCUGGUGGAAUUGGCGUCGGUGGACCGCACAGGAAGAGACUCGUUAUUUCCCGCUUGCUGAUCGCAGUUUGCCGGGUCGCGAGCGGAUAGAGUAA